AUGGACAAGCUCUUUGUUAUUCGUACCCUGCAACAACCGGGUGUUCAAGAGGAGCUCGCAGAGCGCGGAGCCCUCUGUGCGGGUGCGGGUGCCGUCUCUGGACUCGUAACUGCAGCGGUUCGAGGGUACCGUGUAUCAACAGCUGCCGUCAUCGGCAGUGCUGGAUUUGUACUAGCGGGAGUGCCGUUUUUUGCCUUGCAACGCGUGUUCCAGGAACGGCGGCAGGGCGUUCAAGAUCCGUGGAACUCGGUGCUCGCUGGAGCUUUUGUUGGGUGGUUCGUUGGCCUCGGUAUUAGUGGUCCAGGGCGAUGUCCUCAGAGUGCGCUCACUUUGGCUGCACUCUGCGGUGCUGUGCACUGGUCCUUGUCCACGGUGGGGCACUGGCGGCAGCGAACGCCCGCGUCAAGUUCAGCAGCUGUGCGUAACGAGACUGAAAGCUUCCAGUGGCCCGAGUGGCUACCUAUUCAACCGGUGAGACCGGGGUAUCGGCCACCUCAUGUUGAACUCGCGGAGCUUGUAGCGAAGCGGGCGAGCCUAGAGGAGGAACUGCGGGAACGCAGGGCCCGUCUGGAGCACGAACGAGGUGCCGAGCCGGCGAGUCCUUGCGACUGCUCCCCAAAGUGA